AUGCCACCAAAAGUAGACGAUUACCCAACCGACCCAGGCGAUCAUGGAAUCAUGGCACGCUACCAAUCCUUCAAUCUCUCCGCCGGAGCAGACGCAGCCCUCGAAUUCCUAGAAGCGCUUUAUGUGCUUCACGAUUCCUUCGAAAAAGCCUAUAAGGGGUACAUAACACUUAUGAAACUUUUGGGAUGUAUGUUUGAAGAGAAUGGGGUGGUGUUUAGAGAUGAAGAUGAUUUGACGGAUAAGGAGGGUGAUUAUAUCAGCCACAUUGUGAAGAAUAUCGACUGGGUGUUACCGCAAAUCUACGAUGCGAUGGAAUGUCAAUAUGUCAUCGUCCAGCCGGUGACGGAUAAUCCGUUCAAGACGUAUCGAAAACCUACUGUGCCGAUGUUAACCAGGAACGGGUUUAUUAAAUUCGUUCUUGUCAAUUACUUGGAGAGGGCCGCGAGGGGGGACUAUAGGCCGCAUAACAUCCUCUUCGCAAUCACAGAAAAAUACCGCCUCCUAGUCCCCGGCACCUCUCGUCCCGUAAUGCCAAUCGACGACCGUAAACAAGUAGAAAGGAACUUUCGAGAUCUAGCAUCAGAGCUCCAAAUCCCACUUGACCGUCUCGCCCGUCAAAUCCGUUCAUUCAAAGAAAUACCCCCAACAUCAUCUGCAUCCGCAUCCGCAUCCGCAGCAGUACCCUCCGGCGCAGCGCAAAAGCCUCAACAACCAAUACCACCACAACCCGAAACAAAGAGAAAACCUAGCCAUGGAGCCGGUUCAGCCGGCGGACUCGGUAGUUCUUCAAAGAUAUAUGCUCCUUCGAUGGGUUCUGAGAAUAUUUCUAGAGGUGGUGUGGGUAUGCCGGCUUAUGAACAGCCGCCGGUUUCGGAGUAUUCGAGGUAUAGGAGUGAUUAUAGUAGUAAGAGUUAUAGACGGUCGCCAUCGCCUGAGAGUCCUAGAAGGGAAAGGGGAGGGUAUAUGAAGCCGCCGGCUAGUAGCCCUCCGCGAAGGGAGAGGGAUAGAGAAAGAGAGAGGGAAAGCAUAAGAGAGAGGGAAAAAAUCGAAAGAGAAAGAGAAAGGCUUAGAGAGCGAGAACGGGAGCGAGAACGGGAUAGAGAUAGGGAUAGGGAUAUCUACAAUCUGAAACCCUCGCCAACAUACUUCUCCCCACCACCACAACAACAACAUUCAUCAUCAAGAAAAUCAGCAAUGGAUCUCCAACGUGAAAAGGAGAGGAUUCGAGAAGAGAGGGAAAGAAUGGAAUUGUUGGUUGCGGAACAGGAGUUGAAGGAUAUGGAGGCACAUUAUGAACGGGCGGCUAAGGAAAGGGAGUUUAAGAGUGAGAUGGAGUAUAUUCAGGCUCACAAGAGGGGGUUGGAAGCUGCAAUUAGUAUUGAGGAGAGUACGGAUAGGAUGAGACAUGUUGGUUUGGACGAUUAUUAUGAGUGGAAAUAUAGGUAUUAA